AUGCCCGAUUCGAAGGCCGCCUCUGAGGACGUGACGGAGAGCCUCAAGCCCGCCAGUCUACGACAAGGGCGCUCGCUCUUGCGGAAUGACGAAGACCAGUCCCGUACACACGCCGCCAUAUCGGCAUGGGGCAUCGAGACUCUGGGGCUUUUGAUUGCCGUCAUUGCCUUUGUCGCCAUCGUCAUCACACUGGCGCUUCAUCAAGGCCGACCUCUCCCUGGAUGGCCGCAUCUGAUAUCCAUCAACGCGUUGAUUGCGGUCUUUACGGCAAUACUCAAGGCGGCCUUGAUACUCCCAGUGGCAUCCGGCAUCUCCAGACUCAAGUGGCUGUGGUUUACCCAACCUCAAAAAGCGGGCGAUCUGGAGCAUUUUGACUCUGCCAGCAAAGGGCCCUGGGGCUCUUUCUUGCUCCUAUUAGAUCUCCGAGGCCGGCAUUUGGCAGCGCUGGGAGCUUUGAUCACUGUGCUCGCGACCGCAAUCGAUCCAUUUUCGCAACAAAUUCUCGACUACCAUGACUGCUUGCGUCCGAUUGCCGGCGCGGGAAAUACGCCGGCCACGAUGCCAAUCACAAAUUACUAUGGUGCGGGUUCGUAUUUCACGAAUGGCGACUCAAAGGCUGCCGACGGAAACAUGACGGCCGGGAUAUACUUGGGACUCAUCAAUCCUCCUGUCAAUCUGUCCUCGGCCAUCGUACCCAACUGUGCCACCGGCAACUGUACAUUCUCCACGAAUGCGAGUGACACGUACACCACCGUCGCCAUGUGCAGUUCAUGCACCGACAUCUCUCGGUCGGUUCAGAACACCUCCACAAGUGAGCAGCUGAACUACACCACGCCUUCCGGGUGCCAAAUCGGCCCCAGAGCCAUCUUUGGCAAUUCGAUGUACGUGGUCGACGAAAGCGACGACGCAGAGAAUCCUCUCGUGACCAUCGACGUCCUCGUGGCGCAGAACAACGCCGAGGGCGACAGUUAUACGCCCUUCGCCGCACGAUGCAACCUGGUUCCGUGUGUGAAUACUUACACCGGCAAUGUCAGUAACGGCGUCCUCCACGAGACCCUGGUGUCUUCAAAGAUCAUGCCCUACAUGGGUGCCAGCUUCAUCUACUGGUACAGCCUGGUUCUCCCUUCCGUCAAGCGCAACGGCGAGGAAAUAACGUGCACCCCGACCGCCGAACCGCGUCACGACACCGAUCUCUGCUCGAACAUAGGCUACACGCCGUACAACUUCUCCGCUCCGGCGAAGCAACAACAAUGCUGGCACAACGACUGCGUCUGGACCCUCGGCGUCAAUCCGUCAGGCGGGAUCCAGGGCCUCAUUUUGUCCCUGUUCAACGAUUCGCAGGUCACGAACAUCGACGACAUCCCCUACGGCGUGCCGUGGAUGGUCGACCUCUGGAACCAGGGCGCCACGGACCUCACGCACUUCGAGACCGCCUUCGCCGGUCUCGCGGACCAGAUCACGUCCGUGAUGCGACAGAAAGGCGAGAACUCGACGACGCCGCUCGCGCUGGGGACGACGCUGGGGGUGCAGACGUGCAUCAACGUCCGGUGGCCGUGGCUGUCCUUCCCUGCGGCAUUGAUCGUCUUGACGAUGGUCUUUUUCGCCGUCACGGUCCUGCGGAUCUCAGGCAGCGAGGUGCGGAAACUGUGGAAGUCGGGCUCCCUGGUGCUGUUGUUCCACGGCCUGAGUGUCUACAGUCUCCACCGCGCAGAGGAGGGACAGUCGGAGCAGAACAGCGACUCGGAAGAGGCGGCGAAGAAAGUCACGACCAAGCUACAGUGGUCAGGCAGCGAGUUCGAGUUCGUCGAGGGCCUCGAGCCCCAAAACCUAGUUACCAAGAUACCAUUAUAG